AAUACUUAAAUGUGUUCAUGUUUCAUAUCAAGUUUCAUCAAAAGUAUGUAAUAUAUGUCAACAUUCGGAGUUCUCUGUCCUCGAUGACAAUUCAAAGGAUAUAAUAUGGAAUAUAAAUCUGUGAAACUCCUCCUCCUUCAACUGCUACUGCUGGCUAAGGUAGUCCACCCUGACAGCUAUUGGAGUGAGGAUUAUGAUAAAGCAAAAAAUUGUGAAAACGAGAGUUUAAUUGCAAAACUGCUUCAUGACGAGGAAACCAAGAGUCAAUGCCAUGAGGAGGUUGGGGAACUCAAUGAUAUUCAGGAAUUUCAAAACUGCAAGCUGAUGCUGGCUAAAUCUUUAGGGACAAAAUGUGCAUCAUCCACGGUUAAAAAGCUGGCUGGGGAUCUGUUGUACUGCAAGAGUUCACUGCGUACAGUUUGUUGUUAUCACAAUCAUACUUGUGUACAGGACUGGAUGGAGGUUUUGGAUAAUUUUGGGUUAAAAGCUCAAGAUUUUCUGAAGGAUAAGAAUUUGUGGCUUAAUGAAGAAAAGAAGAAGGGUUAUUCUUCAUGUCAUGCACUAAAUUCAAGUUUGGAUGCUAGUAUUUGCCAGGAAGAUUGCAAAAAUCUGGAAAAGUCUGAUUUUGGUAAACAGUGUAAAAAGGAUGGCGGAUUUUUUAAAUGCUGUGUAAGGCGAGACAAGGCAAACUGCCAUGAAUGUAGGUUCUGUUGCACUCUACUUUUGUGUACGACAAAAAUAGGAAAAAUUACAUAUACAACCUUCUCUACAAGCGAUGGUAAAAGUGUUGAAGUGAACAGUACUGCUGGUGGUAUUCAACAAGCUAAAGAACUAUUUUAUCUGACAAACACAGCUUACAAAAAUCCUGAUUACAGAUGCCUGAACCCAAACAGUAAUAAGGACCCUACAAUAUUGGGAACAUAUUCUCCCACUUCCUUUGCCAGUGCACUCAGUCAGGAAAAAUUAAAACUUUUUCAUUUAUCUCAAACUAACUGAAGGGUUCAGCGUUGCCU